GGUAGUUGACUCUCUUGAGGCGGUCAAGAGCCAGGCGGGACCAGGCCGAGUCAGAGAAGACUUUGCACAAGUGAAGUUGCCGCCGCAAAGAAAGACGACCCAGCCGAGGAGGAGGUGCCUCAGCGGUCGUCAUUUCCGCCGUGUGUGAGCUGGGGAGGGAACGAGGGGGACAGGCGAGUGAGCAAGAGCGCUCCUCUCCCGCCUGGAGACCCGCAGCUGAGAGAAGGAGGAGCGGGUGGUGGGGGAGACAAGACAGAAAGGGUGAGCGCAGAGGGCAGCGACACCGGUCCCGCCGCCCAGCCCAGCACGAGACGCACUUGGGAUUCCCGCCCUUCCCCGCUGGACGGACGGACAGACGGAGCAACCCGAUCUCCCCCGCUCGCCCUGGCCAGGCCAUGGGGAACGCAGCCACCGCCAAGAAGGGCAACGAGAUCGAGAGCGUGAAAGAGUUCCUAGCCAAAGCCAAAGAAGAUUUUUUAAGAAAAUGGGAAAGCCCUCCUCAGAAUACUGCUGGUUUAGAGGACUUCGAGAGGCUAAAAACCCUUGGAACUGGAUCAUUUGGCAGAGUCAUGUUGGUGAAACACAAAUCUACAGAACAGUAUUAUGCCAUGAAGAUACUGGAUAAACAAAAAGUGGUUAAACUAAAGCAAAUAGAACACACUUUGAAUGAAAAGAGAAUAUUACAAGCAGUGAACUUUCCUUUCCUUGUGAGACUGGAGUAUUCUUUUAAGGACAAUUCUAAUUUAUACAUGGUUAUGGAAUAUGUUCCUGGGGGUGAAAUGUUUUCGCAUCUAAGAAGAAUUGGAAGGUUCAGUGAACCACAUGCACGAUUUUAUGCAGCUCAGAUAGUGCUAACGUUUGAGUACCUCCAUUCACUAGACCUCAUCUACAGAGAUCUAAAACCUGAAAAUCUUUUAAUUGACCAACAAGGAUAUAUCCAGGUCACAGAUUUUGGGUUUGCAAAAAGAGUAAAAGGCAGAACCUGGACGUUAUGUGGGACUCCAGAAUAUCUGGCACCUGAAAUAAUUCUUAGCAAGGGCUACAACAAAGCAGUGGACUGGUGGGCCUUAGGAGUAUUAAUUUAUGAAAUGGCAGCUGGAUAUCCUCCAUUCUUUGCAGAUCAGCCAAUCCAGAUUUAUGAAAAAAUUGUUUCUGGAAAGGUACGGUUCCCAUCACAUUUCAGUUCAGACCUUAAGGAUCUACUAAGAAACUUACUCCAAGUAGACUUGACCAAACGAUAUGGAAAUCUCAAGAAUGGUGUCAAUGACAUAAAAAAUCACAAAUGGUUUGCAACUACAGAUUGGAUUGCCAUUUAUCAGAGAAAGGUAGAAGCUCCAUUCAUACCAAAGUGUAGAGGCCCUGGAGAUACAAGCAACUUUGAUGACUAUGAGGAAGAAGAUAUUCGUGUGUCUCUAACAGAGAAAUGUGCAAAAGAAUUUGCUGAUUUUUAGUACUUGCUGGAGGAUAAGUGGACAUCAGGGCUCAUAUUGGGAUCUUUGCACUCUGUUAACUCAUGAGGUGGAGCUGAGACCAUCAUAUGUCAAAACAAUUACCUAGUUACUUCAUUCCACAAAACUGACUGAGGUCUUUAUUGCCAUCUUCCAUGUGUGCAGUUUGCACCAACCCUUAUAACUAGGCACAAGUAAGCAAGCACGGUUAGUGCUAUAACACAGAAUAUAGACCACUUUUCCUACUUAUCUUCUGGAUUCUGUCAUUACUUCUUGUGUUCUGUGUAUUAUUCCUUUCCCCUCCCCCUCUCAAAAAGAAGUAGCCUUUCACUCAAGAACGCUUCAUUUUAUUUUGAAUAAUGUAUUUGUGUGAAUGAAACUGAAGAUGUUCUGGCUAGUAUGGCUUAGACCGAAGUGAAAGAUAAGUGUUGCUUCUAGUCUGUGCCAGCCAAUCCUUCUGUGUCUGUCUUGUGUCUGAAGCUACAGUUCAUAGGUUUUUGUUUUGUUUUUGUUUUUUUGUAGCUCAGACUAAGUCUAGCCAACAUCAUUAGCGUUUUUGAAGGUAGUAUUUAUCGCCAUUUGAGUGUAUGCUCUUAAACACAUCUUCCUGAAGACUGACCAAACUUAGCUAGUAUCAAAAUUGGACAGCUUGUGUAGGGUACAGUAGCUAGACCCCGUGCCUUGGUUUUCUACAUACUGGCAGUUCUUCUCCCUGCCUCAUACUUCUCCUUCCUUCCCUAGGCAGUAGAUAAAUAUGCCAUAAGCAUACUGUGCCAUAAGAAGCACAGUCUAAGUAAACAGGAACAAUUCUAUCCAGCCUAGGCUUUGGACCAUAUUUAACUUAGUUUAAUUACCAACAUUUCAAGGAGUAGCUAUUUAAAUAGGGGUUUUUUUAACACCUUAAAACCUGAAACACUUAAAAGAUUUGGUCAGUAUUGUCAGAAACUGGGACUGAUUUUUAGUAAUUUCAAUGUUGGGGCUCCUGAAGUAUUUCACAUUUCAACCCUUUUUUAUUGAAAGGGGGAAAACAUCAUUCUUCUUUUUUUAAAUCUCUUUAGCUAUGAGAAUAAAUGGUUUAGCAAAUUGAAAAUUUAGUGUUAAAAUAUUGAUGCAUUGCUAGAUAUGCAUAUACCUGGUAUUUCUGUUAGCUGUGAAGAAUAAAAGAAGUAAAUGCCAAGUUUUUAUUCUGGUAUACUAUAUUAGUAAAUCAGGGAUGGAGUGCUGCUCCAAUCAUGGUUCCUAUCAGCAGCACUUCAUUCACAUAGAAAAGAGACAAAGUUUAAAACUGCCACCAUCCAUGGUGUGGUGUCUUCAUUUCUAACAUACUUUUCUUUUAAUAAAAUAGAAUGUAAGGUCACACAGAUAAUUGUUUGGGUUGUUUAAGUUUUGCAUCUCACCAACUGACUUAAAGGGUAUUGCUGCCAUGUGCUAGCUUUGAGCACUUUUACACACACUUAUUUCAGUGUUUGUUAACGAACAGUGGCUCGGCACACCACCUUGUGCUUUUAAAAUUAAGCAUACAACUUUUUCGUUGGGACACCCAAUUUCUGGUUUAUCUCAGUGGCCUAUCAAAUCAGUGUAUUCAAAAUAAACUAGGCUCAUGUUUUAUGAUCAAUUUACAUGCAUACAAGGAUGAUGUGUUUGUUUUUUUAAGAACUGAUCUAGAUAGCUCUUUAGUUUAUGAUGUUCUGUAGAAUGCAGAUGCAGAUGAGACCAUUGGCAUUGCUUCCUUUUUAAUCUCUGACACUCCUUUAAGAAAAACCUCUGUAGACAUUUUACAGCCUGAAAUGGGAUGUAUCAAACAACAUUCUGUGUGUCUUUUUAAGUUAAGCAAUUUUGCACAACAUCAUCAGGAGUCUGUCUGCCAUCUCUGUCCACUCCAUCUAUGUAUGCACAAGGCAAGCAUACAAUACUUUGCAGUAGCAAAUUUUAUGUAAUAAAUAUAUUGUCACAUUAAUAAAUUUAAAGAAAUUAUUUGUAUGAGAAAUGUUAAGAUCUUUUGUAUUUCAUUUAGACUGAGGACAUGCUGUUGUAUGCUAGCUGUAUACGAUAAAUUCUACAGUAAUGUUGUUUAUGGACUUUAAAAGAUUUUAAUAAAUGCUGGAGAUCACCAAUUUGAUUUUGUUAUGAAUUCUAGCCAUUACUUUGAUCUGAUAAUACCACACAAGAGAUUUGUCUUCUGUAACAUAUGUUGAAAGACUUCACUCUGGAUGUCCAUUAUGGAAUGCAAGGGACAGAUUCCAGCAUGUCCAAGAUUUCAACUCUAGGUGGACAUUGAUUUUUUUUUUUUUGAAGUACCCUUAUAAUUCUAUAUUAUUUAUGCUUAUUUAAGUAUUAUGAUGUGUAAAAAAUAAAUCCUAUGAUGGUAAAAGUAAAUUCUAAGAUGGAGUAAUAGACUGGAAAUAAAGGAGGUUGGGAUGAAAGAUAGGGAGGUUGCCAUAUACAAUUUUGGCAGUGUAUAACUUAGCCCUAUCAUUUUAAACACACAAAAUAAAAACCACAAAUAUCAUGAUGCCUGUAUUUGAUUUCAAAAGUUCUCUCCACCAUAAGAAAUACUGUAUCUUUGACAGUAAAGACUUGUUAAUUUGACACAAUUGAGGGGAAAGUGUUGGACUGUAUGGUAUCUUUUAAUUGUACUCUAGUUGUAUGUAACUCAUUUUCAACAUAAAGGAUUGUAUCUCAUUAAGUAAAUUGCUUCUUUUAUUUUCUUGUCAGCUGCAUUAAAACCCUUAUUUUUAAA